AUGAUGAAGAGACCAGCAGUGAUCCUUUUGUGGUUUCUCUUCGUCGUUGUUUCAUCCAACACAAUUCCAAGUGGAACGUUGAACGAGCACACGGUGGAGCAAAAAUUUCAUUCGGGAACGUGGCCGGGACAGCAUCGUGCGAGCAUCGACGACGACAACGACGACGAGGAAACCAUCGUCUCGAGCGUUGGACGAGAGUGGAAGAGUUCUUUGGAGGAUGGACGACAGAAAUCAGGCGCGAGCGAGGCUGGAUUAACCCGGCGGGAAAUAGGAUCAGUGCAAGAGGCUUCGAGCGGAACUGAUUGGGAAGGGUUGCUCCUUCGCCUCGCGGCUAGACAGGAAGUUGUUAGACGAAGAGGAAAUCUUCCUCCUGUAAUAUCCUUACUGGCGUCAAACUUUGAGAAACCCAAGCCUGUUGUUUACCAGUCGCGUCAUGAUCGUCGUCGAAGAUCGCUGGCCAACUUCCCUAUCUCGGAAUACACGACGGUGAUGAUAGAUCCGAACGACGAGGAUGAAAUAAAAAAAAUCCUGGCGAACGCCAAGGCGCAAUUGAGCACCGUGAAAUCGGACAACAUGGAGAAAUUCCGAGACAACAAUUUUGGCAAUGAUUGGAUGUUCUUCGUGCUGCCAUUCAGAUCAGGCAUGUUCACGGAAUCGUUGUUCAAACCGAGGAUCAAGGGCUACGAAACGAGAGCUCAAAAUUGGGAUCAAAAUGAGAGCUGGAUCGGCGACGCGUCGUUCUCAAACACGGGACAGUUUGUAAAUUACAACGAAGGCGUUGGCCUCGACUUUGAAAAGACGAUCAACAAGAAUUAUGGAUCGAGCGUGAACAGGGGAUAUUCCGGCGAAUUGGCAGAAAUCUCUUGGAUCCUCGAGGAGAAUCAAGGAAAAUACGAACCGAAUUUUGACUCGAAAGUAAUAGAGAAAGAUGAGCUCGGUGAGAUGAAGAAAAAGCACGAGAUGGAUCGUGAAUUGCGUUCGAAAGAAGUUGGAGAAAGCGAUCCGGAUACUGAUGAAAAUCUUGAAUCACAUUUGCAAGAAGGAGAGAACGAUGGAAGUGGAGCUGAAGCAAAAUAUGAAACGGAUACUGGAUUACUUUUGGAAGAAGUACCGAGAGAUAGUGUAGGUACAGCUGGAGGAAAAUAUGGAACAAAUGUUGAAUUAUUAUUUUCAAACGAGACUGGAGAAAGUGAUGGAAAAGAUGAGAUAGAUUUUAAAUUACUUUCGAACGAAGCUGGAAAAAGUUAUUCAAAUGCAACUAAUAAAAAAUACGCGGCAGAUCUUGAAUCAGGUUUGCAAGAAGGGAAAGAUAGUUCAGAAGCAAGUGAAGAAAAACAUGCAUUCAAUACUGGAAUGCUUUUGGAAGAAGCUGGCGAAACUGAGAAAAUACAUGAGACAAAUCCUGAAUUAGAUUUGAAAGAAGGAAAGAAUAAUAGUGCUAGUAGAACUGAUGAAAAACAUGAAACAAAUCUUGGAAAAUCACGUUCGGAAGAAAUAGGUAAAGACGGUUCAAGUAUAACUGAAGAAAAAUAUGAAAUAGAUCCUGGCUCACGUUUGAAAGAAAUUGUAGAAAAUGGUACAAAUUAUGAUCUUAGAUCGCAAACAAAAGAAGCAGAAGAAAACGACUCAGAUACAAUUAACAAAAAGUACGAAACAAAUACUGUACUAAAGACGAAGGAAGCAGAAAACAAUGUUUCUACAGUUGGAGAAGAAUAUGAAGCAGGUGUUGAGCCACAUUUGGAAAAACUAAAAGAGAAUGAUUCAGAUACAGCUCAUAAUUCUAAAUCGCAAACAAACGAAGCAGAAAAGAAUGUUUCUACAGCGAUUCGAAAAGAACACGAAGCAGAUCUCGAAUCACAUUUGGAAAAAAUUGAAGAAGACAGUUCGAACGGUACUUACGAUUCUAAAUCGCAAGCAAAGGAAGCAGAAAAUCAUGGUCCAAAUACAACUAACGAAGGAUAUGAAACAAAUACUGAAUUAAAAACGAAAGAAGCAAGAAAGGAUGAUUCUGCUGUGACUGAAAAAAAAUACGGAGCAAAUGUUGAAUCGCGUUCGAAAGAAACAGAAGAAGACGAUAAAGACAUUCCAACUAUCGGAAUUUACGAUUCUGAAUCAGAAACGAGAGAAGCGGAAGAGGAAGACUCACGACCAGAUAAACAAAAUCGCUCGGACGGGGGGGAAUAUUUAAUUAAAGAUGACGAGCACGGAAGUAAAAGCGGGGAUUAUCGCGACGUAGGUGUCAGCGUUGACGUAAAAAGUGGUGAGGCAUUAUUCGGCGACAUUUCGAUCGAUAACACGACGGAGGCCGUGGUGGGGAGUGAUAAACCGUCGACUGCAGAACUACCUGUGAAAAUACCUGAAGUACACAAUAAACCGAGCGAAAAUAAACGGCCUUCGAGCGAUAAAUCUCUUUUUAUUUCGAAUCCGCUUGUUUUGCCAGCGGUCGAGUCGCAGGACUCGGCAAGACACUACGGGAAAAACUACGAGGAAUCGACAGCUCGUGAAUCAAGCUCCGCGAAGCCGGAUCAAAGCGCAGCAGACGAGAAGUUAAUUAGCAAGGGGACACAAGACCGCCGCCCGUACCAAGAUUUAAAGCCAACUCUGAAAGACAGAAACUUAAUUGGCAACGAAACGCAAUCGUAUCGUGAUACAAACCUAAACGCGAACGAUAAAUCAGACGCGGAGAAAAGUGUUCCACCACCACCUCUGAAAAACGAAACGAACGAGAAGGGCGAAUCGAACGUGACGAGCGAAGACAGCGGGGGAAAUUCCACGGGAUUAAACAUCGUGCAAUUGGCUGAAUUGCUGGACGUGAGGAAGCAGCUCGAGAGAUGGCGAAGUUUAUACGAGGAGGAUCGGCGAACGCGGGAUCCCGGGUGGAAUUCCACGCGUGUCGACGGAUCCGCGACGACAGACACUCGCCGAGAGUAUGAUAAACAGAAGAUCGCAGCUGAAACAUCAAUUCUCGUCGACGCGAAACAUCGCGGCCAUAUCGGAGAGAAAUCAACGUCUAACGAGGAGACGCGUGUUGCAAGCGUGGAUCUGGACGGGACGGGGGGGCGUGAUGUUUUAUCGGAUGGUCGCAAUGAUUACGGAUUGCAUUCCGACGUGGAAAAUGUGAAACUCGAACGGGCGUUUUUGGACGAGCGGCAGGGAGCGAAGGAUUCAGCGCAGGAUCUUAAGACAAAAGAAUUUGAGUUUGAUAUAGUAAAUAAUGGCAAAUACGAGGAAGAGAAUUUGAAAAAUGCAGAAUCUAACGCGGAGAAGGGAAGAUAUCUCGAAGGAGGAGGUUCAAGAAAGAAGUCUGAGACAGAGAAUGAAGUGGGCAGUGCAACCGAAAGGAAAAUUACAUUAGAAAAUGCAGAGAAAGGGGAAGAUUUUAAAAUAAAAAAUUUUGAGCUCGACGUAGACGUAGAGAAUCCGAAUAGUGCAGAGUAUUUCGAGAAUGAAGAUUUGAAAAAGAAGUCUGAUACAGAGGCUGACGAAAAUAUCAAAGUGGACAAUGUAACUGGCAAAGACGAGUCUGAAGAGAAUAAUAAUAUGAAGCAACACGAUGCAUCAAACACGAAGGAAACAAAGUUCAAAGUGGAAAACUCGCGAGGAAUGGAACUUAAUUGGCAGGACGCGAAUGACGGAAAUAAAUCGGAGUCGAAGGAUCCGGAAAGAGAAUCGAAAGCGGGAAGUUCGGAGUUCUUCGGCGAUUUAAAAUCAGACGUUAAAUUUGAGUCGCGCGGCGUAAAAGGGAAGAAAGAACCUGAGCCGGGGGAGAAUUCAGAUUCAGAAAAAAGAAAAACUGA